AGUUUGAGACGUAGCGCAGAAUACGGCGGUCGGCACAGCUCACGUGACGCAGUUGAAGUAUCGCGCGGCGCGUAUUUCGCAUCAGUACAGUUCGAGGGGUCGAAUAGACACGAUCGACAAGAGGAAAAUCAGUGGAAAAACGGAGACCGCGGGGGGCACCAUGGUGCUGCAGGUGAUGGACAUGGUGACGGCCAACGGUGAACCGUUCUACGGGGAUUGUCCGACGUCGUACACGAAUUUGGACGUUCAUACUACCGGCCAGCCUACCUGCACAGUGCUUCCACAAGGUGUGUAUGGUCAGUUGAGGAGUCCGGCAUGCCCUGGAUCUGACGAUAUCAGAGACGACAACUCACCCCCUCCAGGAGGACCCCCUUCGGGGUACCUUCAACAAAUCCAAAGGAGUCCUGCCUACCACAAUAUAAAAGAUGGCUACAAGGGGGCGUGUCCGCCGGGCAGCGACUCGUCGGGCGGGGGCGGGCCGUUCGGGGCGGCGCUCGACGGCCACCUGACCUCCCUCAACGGCGAGGGAGGCGGGGGCGGCAACGGCAACGCCCACCUGUUCCAGAACGCCCAUUUCGCGGCCGAGGAGCACGAGUACCAGGCGCUGGAUGCGCAUCAGCAGCAGUACCUCGACAGCUCGCCGGAGUUCUACGCGGCGAGCCAGAUACUGGAGACCAAGUACAAUCCUGCGCACGGUUACGUUAAGAGUUACGUGAGAGGCGCCGGCAGGUUCAACGACGCCUACCCUGACCCGUACGGCCCCCCCUACGACGCCACGCCCUUCCAAACAGUCCCGAGCGGGGGCGGGUCCAACGCCUCGGCCGACCAGUGGGCAGGGCACGCGCACGACCUGCUCGCCCACCACCCGCACCACCACGCCCACCCCGCGUUCGCGACGACGGGGGGCGGGGGCAUGGGGCGGGACCAGCUGGGCGGCAUGCAGGACGCGAAGCCGAUGAUCCAGAACGGGCUGGUGGCGGGGUACGCGAACGGGGGCGGCGCCGGAGGGCCGUGUUUCACCGGCUCCGGCCCCAUCCAGCUGUGGCAGUUCCUGCUGGAACUGUUGACGGACAAGUCCUGCCAGUCGUUCAUCUCGUGGACGGGCGACGGAUGGGAGUUCAAGCUGACCGAUCCCGACGAGGUGGCGCGCCGAUGGGGCGUGCGCAAGAACAAGCCCAAGAUGAACUACGAGAAGCUGUCGCGCGGCCUGCGCUACUACUACGACAAGAACAUCAUCCACAAGACGGCCGGCAAGCGGUACGUCUACCGGUUCGUGUGCGAUCUGCAGACCUUGCUCGGAUACACCCCAGAAGAACUCCAUGCGAUGGUCGAUCUCAAGCCCGAGAAGAAAGAAGACGACUGAACUAUUCACCUCAAACAAAUGGACGAUUUUAGUAAAGUAACAUUGUCGAAAAUUUAAAUAAUUUUAUAUUGAAAGUGGUGCCUCUCUGAAUGUUUGAAUCCAAAAACCAGUUUUUUAGAUACAUAUAUUGACGUAUGUAGUAUUUUGUUAUCAAAACUUAACGAGAAAAGUUAGGAUACCUACUCAUAAAUAUUUUCCAAAGAUGAUGAAAAACAUGAAUGCAGUCAUGAAAAGAAUGCACUGAAUCCUUAACUUUUUUCAGUCAGUUUAUUUCAAAAUUAGAAAUAAUUGCAGAUAUAUAGAGAAUACAAAAGAAGGAGUGCCAUUAAAUUACUUAUCUUACUUUGAUAAUUCUUGUUACUCCUCUUCUCAGAAAAUGCAAUAUUUAUUUAUUCUAUAGAAAAAUAUCGACUUUGUAGACUUUGAAGGACAUCCCAUGGAAAUCAAAAUUUUGAACAAAUUAUUUUAUCGCCUCAAGUUUCUUCCGUUAUGGAAGAAAAAAAAAGACUUCAAAAUUCAUCUGGUGCUUGCACAAAAAGUAUUUUUCGCUCUGAACAAUAUGAAACAAACGUGUGAUUUUUAUGAUAAUAAUUAGAUAUUUCCGAAGAAAGAAAGGUUAAGUUAUACAUACCUAUUUAUGUAUGUACGUUCGCUCUCUAUUGACGUCUAUUCACACCAAACUAAAUGAGAGUAUCUCAAUAAAUAAGGAUGAAACACUUUGUAAAUAUAUUAUUGUGAUAAGCCUAAUGAAUCAUAGUUUAUAUUUCGAAGGUAAAGAUAGUUUUUGAGAUGCAUGUUGGCAGUUGAGGAAUUUUAAAUUUGUAAAUGUUUCUGAACCUUUAGAGUGGUAUUCUACGACGGCUUGGUACUGUCCUCCUAGAACAGUAUUUUUUCCCACACAAUACACAGUUGCUUUUGUAAAGUUCGUAAAUUACAUAGUUGAACACCAUUAGAAAGUAUUAUCAGAACUUAAUUUAAAUUAGGUACUAUCUCAAAGAUGCAACUUGUGAAUUAGCCCAUUUGACAAUAUUUUCCACAGUAGAUUGCACAUUGAAAGCAAUUGAAGGAUUAUUGAAUUGACAGAUAACUAACUGAGCUUUCAAUACUCAGAUGCAACUGCAAGUUAUAAUUUACAGAUGCUACUAUAAAUUAGGUUCAAAUUUACAGUAGCAACUAUUAAUAUGAACGAUUUUCACUUCUUGCAUCUUCAAUUAUAACUUCAUUCAUUUAUCUGUGAAUUAGGUUUCAAUGUACAGUGUGUCCAGUUUUCGAUGCUUUUGUGGGAUAGAAUUUUCAUUAGGUGGAUUUAUGAAGCACAAUUAAAACCAAACUUCAACUUGAACUGAACUUGACCAGUGUACAAAUUAAUAUUUCAAUUUGAUGGUAUUUUAUGCAGCAAAAUUAACAAAAUUUACCCAUGUGUAUUCAGUGUUUAAAAGAAAAGAAGUAAAUGGCAAAUAAAAAGAAUUCACAUGGAAAUAAUUUUCGCAGAGAGCAGGUAAAAGUAUCGAAAAAUCCAAAAAACAUCAAUCAUAAUUUGGAGGUUAUAAAAUUCGAUGAGUUGCGCAGUAGUUCUCAAAAAUUAACAUUCAAAUUAGAAAGUUGAAAGUUGGCCAACCUGAUAGUUCAAAAUUAACCAUGUCUAACAAGAGGUUCAACCUUUUAGUUAGUGUUAAAUCCACCUUUAGUCCUUCAUGUGUAUGAGAUACAUGGCCAAAUAGAAAAUUCUCACUUUUUGAGCACCUCCUGAUCUUGGUUACUUUUCAACUGAUUAGCAGGAUUAGAACGGAGCCUUAUAUAACUUUAUACGUAUAAUACAAGUGGCGUACUCAUUUUAUUUCUGUAAUCGCUCAUAUUUAGAAAAUGGAGCCGAACAAAUUCUUUUUUUUUUUAAACAUAUAUUUUUGAUGAGGUAUGAGAAAUAUGAAUCGAACUGGUUAGACAUAUAUUUUGGCUUCAGCGAUUACAGAAUUAAAAGGAUUACGCAACUGUAUUAUACAUACAAAGU